UUAGAGCUUUUAUGGGCGGAUGAGUUCGAGAGCGAGACAUUCAACAGAAGCAAAUGGCAUGUCUUCGACGAAUGGAAGAGUAGUGUCUGCAGAGGCAAUGAGCUGGGUCAGUUGCACUGCAAUAUGGAUCAGCCGCGAAACCUACAGUUGAGGGACGGGUGUCUGGCCAUUGCGGCCACUCGUGAGACCAGUUAUAGCGCCGCCAUUGACAUGAAAUACUCGGCGGCAAUGAUAACGACGGCCGAGAACUGGACGUACGGCCGCUUCGAGAUUAGGGCCGCCCUUCCCAAGGGCAAAAUGUUGCGGCCGGCCGUCUAUUUGGUGCCCGAGAGGGAGGAGGAGCACUGGCCCCGCGACGGACAGAUCGACAUCUUGACGAACGUACAGAAGCCUAAACUGGGAAAUGGAGCGCAUUAUACGGGCAAAUAUCACGGAUCCGGACUCGAUUUCGUGACCGGAGGGGCGAACCUUCAGGACUUCCACACAUAUGCCGUGCAAUGGAAUCAAACACUCAUUCAAUGGUUUUUCGACGAAACGAAUCGCGGAUUGGAUUUCAAUAUCGACCGAAAACUGGACGUCUCUUACGAGCGCACGCGACAGCCCUUCGACCGGCCCUUCAGAAUACGCCUUUCCCUCGGA